AUGUCCACAGUGAGUAGCCGCAGCCCCUACACCGACAAAGUAUCGGAGUACUCUGAAGAUGGCCGGGACAACACUGCCGACGAGAAGGGAAGCAUCCGGGAAUCGCCCUCAUCAAUAGAUGUCUCGCAGCCCCCGCCCCGGUGGUGGGAGAGUAAGUCGUACGAAGAGCAGCCGGUUGACGGUAAAUAUGGGUGGAUCGUGGUAACCGCCGGUUGUUUCAUGCUGAUGUUCUCUAUGGGCUGUGUCAACAGCUACGGGUCGUACCAGACGUAUUACCAUGCACACCAGUUCCCAGAAGAGGACAUGUCGACCUUAGCAUGGAUCGGUACUCUGCAAUUCGCUGUCAUGAAUGCGGUCGGCAUCCCAGCCGGAAUCCUGUGCGAGCGGCUGGAUUCUCGUCUGGUCACCUUCCUCGGUGGUAUCAUCAUGGGCGUCUCCCUGAUCAUCGCGUCAUUCUGUGACUCAGCUGUCUGGAAGCUGAUUCUAACACAGGGAAUCGCCUUCUCACUUGGCGCAUCCCUGGUCUUUAUCCCUGCUACAUCUAUCCCGUCCCAGUGGUUCGUCAAGUACCGCCCGCUGGCCAUUGGCAUUGUUGUCGCUGGCAGUGGUAUCGGUGGACUGUGGCUGACUCCGGCUACCGACAGUAUGAUCAAGAACCUUGGCACCGGCUGGUCUCUGCGCAUCACCGGCAUUAUCAUUAUCGCCGUUAACUCUGUGUCGAGCAUUUUCAUGCGCAACCGCUUGAAGGUGCAGUCACGCGAUAAAGUCGUCGAUUUUGGACUUUUGCGCGACAUCCGGUUCAUGUUCAUUUUCGCCGGCUCCAUCUGUGCAACCACUGGCUACUUCACCCCCUUCUUUGAUAUGCCAACCUAUGCGGCCAAGGUCGUCCACAUGGAGGAAAACCUGGCCAGCAACCUGGUCACUAUCAUCAAUGCUGCAUCGACUGCCGGCCGUGUCUUGACAGGCCAGAUUGCCGUAAUCCUGGGCAACAUCAAUGCCCUGGUCCUCUGCAUGUGCAUUGCCGCACUCAGCCUACUGGUCCUGUGGCUGCCGUUUGAAACUCCUGGUACCGUCAUUGCGUGCACGAUCAUUUACGGCUUCUUCUGCGGCGGCUUCAUCAGCCUUUUGCCCGUCAUUAUUGCCAAUCUAUGGGGCGUCAACCGCAUCGCGACCAUUAUCGGCCUGCUCUAUAUUGCCAAUUUUAUCGGCACCCUUUGUGGUGCCCCGUCGUCGAGCGCUAUCCUGGAUAAUAUUGGUCAUGGCACCAAUUUCCGUCCUACUAUUGCAUUCUCGGGUUGCUUUAUGGCUGCCGCAUUCUUGAUGUUCUGUUGUUUGCGCAUUGCAGCCAGCAGGGAUUUUAAGAAGAGGAUCUAA